AGCACGUCCAUGUUAGUGUAUGUGAUGUUAGUAAACAAAUAUAUGUGUAUAAAUAAAAACGCCGGGGCCCCCCUGCCAUUUUUGUGGUGAACACCAAUGAACAAUCAUGUCUUUUCCGGGAGUUUUUAUGUUCUACGUCGAAAGUUUUUGGUGCGCCCCAGCACCGCUAGUGGACUGGUCUGGUGUCCCCACUCUCAUCCUGGCUGCGGUGGUACUCCUACUAUGUGUGGCGGUCACCAGACCUAGUGACAAGCAUCGGCUACCUGGGCCUAUGGUGCUGCCGGUGAUCGGCACGAAAUGGCUGUUCUGGAGGCGGUAUAGGAUGAACAAGCUCCACGAAGCUUAUGAAGACAUGUUCAGGCGCUACGGGCCGGUGUUCGCCCAGGCCAUGCCAGGCGGGGCCUGCGUGUCGAUCUCGGAGCGGGCCGCUGUGGAGGCGGUGCUGCGGACCCCGGCGCGCCGCCCCUACAGGCCGCCGACGGAGAUCGUCCAGGUGUACAGACGGAGCAGACCAGACAUAUACGCGUCGACUGGGCUGGUUAAUGAACAGGGUGAGAAGUGGCACCAUCUUCGUCGGCAUUUGACCUCGGAGCUGACGAGUCCACAGACUAUACAGGGGUUCAUACCCGAGCUGAAUUCCGUGGUCGAUGACUUCCUACUGCUGUUGCAAACCCACCGCAGUGCGGAUGGCACCGUACACGGGUUCGAGCAGCUGACGAAUAGAAUUGGGUUGGAAUCCGUCUGCGCGCUAAUGCUGGGGACUCGCCUGGGCUUCCUGGAGAGGUGGAUGUCAGGGCGCGCCGCUAAUCUCGCAUCAGCAGUGAAGACCCACUUCAGGGCCCAGAGAGACUCCUACUACGGCACCCCACUGUGGAAGUUCGCCCCUACCACCCUCUAUAAGACAUUUGUGAAGAGCGAGGAGACUAUACAUACGAUAGUAUCAGAGCUGAUGGAGGAGGCGAAGGCCCGCGCCAAGGGUUCUGCCAGCGACGGCAUGCAGGAGAUCUUCCUCAAGAUCCUCUCCAACCCUGAACUUGACGUGCGCGACAAGAAGGCAGCAGUCAUCGACUUUAUCACCGCCGGCAUUGAAACGCUGGCAAACAGUCUCAUAUUCCUACUCUAUCUGCUGAGCGGGCGGCCUGAUUGGCAGCAGAAGAUCCGCUCAGAGCUGCCAUCUGUUGACACUCUGCGGCUCGAGGAGCUUGCAGCAGCGCCAUCUAUCCGCGCGGCGACGAACGAAGCGUUCCGCCUCCUACCGACUGCGCCGUUUCUAGCCCGGCUACUAGACGCGCCUUUACACACUGCAGGGUACUGCAUACCAGCUGGGACGUUUGUGCUAGCCCACACGGGGGCCGCUUGCAGGAGGGAAGAGAACUUCUGGCGAGCCACAGAAUACCUGCCUGAGAGAUGGCUGAGCGUGCGAGAGCCGCACGCCGCAUCGCUGGUGGCACCCUUUGGGCGCGGGAAGCGAAUGUGUCCCGGAAAACGAUUCGUGGAGUUAGAACUGCAUUUGAUACUUGCAAAGAUUUUACAACAUUGGCGGGUAGAGUUUGACGGAGAACUGGACAUACAAUUCGACUUCCUUCUGUCACCAAAAGCGCCGGUGUCUUUGCGCUUAGUGGAGUGGUAAUGCUUAGAAAAACAACGUUUUAUAAAACAUUAAAUGGGGGAAUGAUACAAAUGAGGCAAACGUCGUGUCCUAAUUUUAUAUUGAAUCUCUAAAAUAUUAUAUCUAAAGAUACAA